AUGACCCAUGAGAAACCGAUGUGUCCGCUUCUUGUGAGACAAAGACAAGGCCAAAUUAUAAAGAAAAGAUUAGGCAUCUUUGAUGAUAAACCUAAGCCUAAUCUGAUUCUUUCUGAAAAUGAUCCCCUUUAUGGAGUUCUGGAGGAACAUCAAGUAGGGAUCCAUCCUGUUCUAGGAAGACCGAAGAUUGCAUCGGAAGUGUUAGAAGGGAUGCGACAGUAUUUGAUGGUGGCUGAAGGGGAAGAGCGGAAGAUUAGAGAAGAAAGAGUCAGGAAAUCUGUUAGGGAAGUUGAGCUUAACCCUGUUACUGAAAGAAUGGUGCUCAGACUAGAAGAACCACCAGUGAUAACUAAAGAUCUUAAUCGAGGCAAGGGUAUUUUAUUUGAGUAUGAUGCUCCUGAGUCAAACCAAAGUAUAUCCUCUUCAAGAACUGGUGGGCAGAAACUUAUGGGAGCGGCUAUUGUUGCUGGUAGGGGCUCGACCUUCAUUGAGAACCCACGACUGGUCAAUUACAGCUCUGAAUCCAACUUCUCAAAUUCUGGUUUCUCUAUUUCUGAUAACAGUUCGACGACUUAUAAGAUUGGCCUCUUUGAGGGUGCAUCUUCCGGAACUGUUAAGAAACAAGGGAAACCAAGAAGGAGACCUUAUGUGAAAAAGAGGAAGCUGAAACCGUUGGAGGAGUCAGAGAAAGUGGAUCCUAGUGCGGUGAUUGUGGAGAAGCCUUCGACAUCUGCUGAGAAGAGGAAAUCAAUGGAAAUUGUUGAGAACAAAGGAAAAGCCGUGAGACAGAAAACCAAAGGGAUGGUCCCAAAUGAGGGACCGUCCAAAUCCCAAUGA